CAUGCAGAACUCGGUCCCGAACCUGAAAUUCCAGCAGCAGCCGCUGCAGCAGCAACAGCCGGUCCCGCAGCAGCAGCAGCAGCAGCAGCAGAUGCCGCAGAUGCCGCAGCUGCCGCAGGGUCCGUACCAGCAGCACCCGGUCCUGAACCAGCGGCCGCCCGGGGGACUCGCUCCGCAGGCCAACCUGCAGGACACAGAGCUGGGCAUGGCGAGCGAGCGGAGCGGCCAGGGCGCGGCCAACCAGCUGCCGGCUCCCUCUGCCCCGAGAACCACGCACUCCACGCCCCGCCCGUCGACGCUGCCCUCGACCGGCCCAGCCUCCACCGGGAACGCCAGCAGCAGCGCAGGCGCGGCGGCGAGCAAGGGCAAGAACGGGUCGGCCGUGGUGGCGUCCGUGCUGUCGGACAACGGGCGGCAGCACAUCAUGGCCCACGCGUCCCUCGCCAGGCUCGAGGUCAACGACGAACAGCUGGAGAUGGAGGCCAGGGAGCAGGACGCGCAGGCGUCGGGCGCGGUGCUGGCGCUAGCCAUGGGUGUGUGCAUCACGGCCCUCCUGGUGGUGCUCGUCGGGUGCCGCCUCCGGGGCGUGCGGCGGCGCCUCCGGAGACACAGAGGCUCCAAGUCGCUCUACGCCCACGACGCCGACUACCUGGUGAAUGGGAUGUACCUGUGAGGCGAUCGCGGCGUAGGAGCAGAUGUUAUGACAUAUUUGUAAUCGGGAGCGUAACUACUGGAAGGCUGGAGGCAGUUCCCAUCCUGUGGUGGAAGGCCCAGCCCGUCGGC